AUGUCGGACCAAGCAGCGUCGCGGUUCACGCCGCAAAACAAGACGACCCAGGAGCGCCUUUCUACCCACACAGUCGGCCUCGUCGCGCUCUCCGACUUUCGCAAGCGCCGCGCUGAGGUCCUCGAGGCGCAGGAGCGCGAGGCGCGCGAUGCCACCGCCACCGGACCCUCGACGCCCGUCGACCGCUCGCAGACGGGCACGCCCGACAACAACAACAACACACCCGGCAGCGGCGCCGCCAGCGACUCGGGUAGUGCUGCUGCUGCGGCAUCAGCUGGCGCGCUUCGACCGCUGAAAAAGGCCAAGAAGAAGCAAAAGCCCGGCAAGAAGCUUCUCUCAUUUGGCGACGACGAUGACGAAGCGACGACGACGGACGGAUCCGAGCGCAGUAAUGGUCUCAACGCGGGCCAAAAUGGAAAUGGAGAGGUCAAGAGCAGCAAGUUCAAGGCCAAUGCGUCAGUCGGGCUGGUGCCAAAGUCAGUCACCAAGUCGGCGCUGCGGAAAGAGGCUGCGGAGCGGGAGGCGCUGCGACGCGAGUUCCUGGCGAUGCAGGAGGCGGUCAAGGCGACUGAAAUUGCGAUUCCAUUCGUCUUUUACGACGGCACCAAUACGCCGGGCGGCAUUGUGCGCAUGAAAAAGGGUGACUUUAUCUGGGUGUUUCUGGACAAGAGCCGCAAGGUCGGCGCGGAGCGGGGCGUGGGCGAGCAGGUCAACGCGACGCGAGCCUGGGCGCGCGUCGGCGUGGACGACUUGAUGAUUGUCCGAGGCACAGUCAUUAUUCCUCAUCAUUAUGACUUUUACUACUUUGUCAUGAACAAGACCAUCGGGCCCGGUGGCAAGCGCCUAUUUGACUACAGCGUCGAGGCGCCGGAAAAGCCGGACGCGGCUUCGGGGUUGCCGGCAGGGGGUCUCAGCACCGCGGCCGACGUCAAGGCGGCCAAGAGCCUGCCGGACAUUUCCUCACUCGAAGGUGCCGACGAAGACCCCCUCGAGACAAAGGUGGUUGAUCGUCGGUGGUACGAGCGCAAUAAGCACAUCUUUCCCGCCAGCACUUGGCAACAGUUUGACCCCGAGAUGGAUUAUGCGAGCCAGAUUCGAAAAGACGGCGGCGGCAACACUUUCUUUUAUUCAAAGUGA